CAUACAGUUGAAAACGAGCGAAAAUUUAGUGGGCUAGUUUUACAUCAUCAUCAAAGCCAGUUAGCUUAAGCAGUUUAAUUAAGUGAAUUUCUACGAAUCAAAGCAUACGAAAUGUAUUCGGUAAUUAUCAGUCAUAUCCUACUGAUUGUAUUGCCAGUAAUCGCCGAUAGAAAUCAGUUUAUGGUGGGAAGCAUCUUUACAUCGGACAAAGAUGAAUCGGAAAUCGCAUUCCGAACUGCGGUGGACCGAGCUAACAUAUUGGAGCGAAACAUAGAACUUGUUCCAAUUGUGAUGUAUGCCAACACGGAUGACAGUUUCAUCAUGGAAAAAAUGGUUUGCAAUUUAAUUUCCCAAGGAGUAAUUGCCAUUUUCGGACCCAGUACAGGGAGCAGUUCUGACAUAAUUGCCUCAAUAUGUGAUACCCUGGAUAUACCGCACAUUGUUUACGACUGGAUACCAAAUGAGUCCAUACCAGAUCGAGAGCACUCCACCAUGACCCUCAAUGUUCACCCAGAUAACCUCUUGUUAUCCCAGGGACUUGCUGAGAUUGUGAAGAGCUUUGGCUGGCGAAGUUUUACAGUUGUCUAUGAGACCGAUAGAGAGCUGCAGCAACUUCAGGAUAUUUUGCAAGUCGGUGAGCCCAGCAGCAAUCCAACUACAGUGAAACAACUGGGACCGGAUGACGACCAUAGACCUUUUUUGAAGGAAAUUAAGCUCUCCACUGAUAACUGCUUGAUUCUCCAUUGUGCCCCGGAUAAUCUGUUGAACAUAUUGCAACAAGCUAAUGAGCUAAAAAUGUUGGGCGAAUAUCAGAGCAUAUUUAUACCUCUUCUGGACACGCAUUCCGUUGAGUUCGGAGAACUUGCUAAGGUCGAGGCCAACAUAACAACGGUACGUCUGAUGGAUCCAACCGAUUUCCACGUCAAAAACGUAGUGCACGACUGGGAGGAGCGCGAGAAACGCGAGGGGCGCUACUUUAAAGUGGAGCCCAAGCGAGUAAAAACCCAGAUGAUACUGCUCAAUGAUGCCGUUUGGCUUUUUUCAAAAGGACUUACUGAGCUCGGAAUUUUCGAGGAGCUUACUGCACCCGAACUAGAAUGCAGGCGAAAGAAACCCUGGCCAUUUGGCAAACGCAUCAUUGAGUUCAUGAAAGCGCGGUCCGAAGAGACGUCCACGGGACGGAUUGACUUCAAUGAAAAUGGCCAACGAAGCUUCUUCACACUACGAUUUAUGCAACUGAAUGCAACCGGCUUCUUGGAUCUAGCCACUUGGGAUCCGGUGAACGGUUUGGACGUCCUCAAUGACGGCGAAGAGAGCAAGAAGAGAGUAGGCCAGAAGCUGUUAAACAAGACAUUUAUUGUGUCAUCCCGACUGGGAGCACCUUUUCUCACGCGGCGAGUACGGGAGGAAGGGGAAGUCUUGAGCGGAAAUUCCGAAUUCGAGGGCUACUCCAUUGACCUAAUCGCCGAAAUAGCCAAAAUGCUGAAUUUUAAGUACGAGUUCCGACUUACUCCCGAUGGCAAAUACGGUGCCCUUAACAAGGUGACCCAGACUUGGGAUGGCAUCGUGGGACAAUUGAUCGAUGGGAAUGCCGACCUUGGCAUCUGUGAUUUGACCAUGACAUCUUCCCGACGCCAGGCCGUGGACUUUACACCUCCUUUCAUGACCUUGGGAAUCAGUAUCCUGUUCUCCAAGCCCCCUACCCCACCCACUGAUCUGUUCUCCUUCUUGUCUCCCUUCUCGUUGGAUGUGUGGACUUACAUGGGAACAGCGUACCUCUUCAUAUCCACGCUCCUGUGCGCACUGGCUCGAAUGGCGCCCGACGACUGGGAAAAUCCUCAUCCGUGCAAGGAGCCAGAGGAGGUGGAGAACAUAUGGUCGAUUAUGAACACCACCUGGCUCUCGAUUGGAUCGUUGAUGGGACAGGGCUGUGACAUUCUGCCCAAGGCAGCAUCCACAAGAUUGGUGACUGGAAUGUGGUGGUUCUUCGCUCUGAUGAUGCUGAACUCCUACACGGCCAAUUUGGCCGCCUUCCUAACCAAUUCCCGCCAGGCAAACUCGAUCAGCAGCGCAGAGGAUCUGGCGGGCCAAAACAAGAUUAAGUACGGUGCAAUGGCCGGUGGUUCCACAAUGGGUUUCUUUCGAGACUCCAACUUCAGUACUUACCAAAAGAUGUGGACCGCCAUGGAAAGCGCCAGUCCCUCAGUUUUUACAAAAACCAAUGACGAGGGCGUCGAGAGGGUGCAGAAGGGCAAGAACCUGUACGCAUUUCUGAUGGAGUCUACCACUUUGGAAUACAAUGUGGAGCGCAAGUGCGAUCUGGUGCAGAUCGGCGGCUUGCUGGACUAUAAAAGCUAUGGCAUCGCUAUGCCGUUUAAUUCCCCAUACCGCAAACAGAUCAGCGAGGCAGUCUUGAAGUUGGGCGAACUGGGACAGCUGGCGGAGCUGAAGCGGAAGUGGUGGAAGGAGAUGCACGGCGGAGGCAACUGCGAGAAGAGCGACGAGGAGGGCGGGGACACUCCGGAACUGGGCUUGGAGAACGUGGGCGGCGUCUUUCUGGUGCUGGGACUUGGCUUGUGUGCGGCCAUGGUUCUCGGCUGCACGGAGUUCUUGUGGAACGUCAAGUCAGUAGCUAUUGACGAAAAGAUCUCACUUAAAGAUGCUUUCAAGUCUGAGGCUUUGUUUGCGGCUAAAGUUUGGAUAACCACUAAACCUGUGCACACAAGCUCUGGCUCUGGCAGCUCAUCUUCGGCCAGAUCCUCUUCAAGCCGAUCCAAGCAUUCUUCAAAGUCGCAGGGAUUAUCUAUGAAAAGUCUCAAAAGCUCAGGGGAUCAUGACAUAGAAGCAUCGGUUCACAGCAAACUGAAGAAAAUCGGAUCCAUGUUCUCACUGAAAUCACAGAAGACAACGACUCCGCCUCCGGAAAUCGGCUGGAAACUGGACAAGUCAACGCAAAUCGAUGAAGUCCCAACUCCCGAAGGCGACCCCGAGUUGAUCCCGGAGGAAGAGCUGCCCCAUCCGCAUCAUCGACAUCAUCAUCAUCACCAUCACCAUCGCCAUCAUCACCACCAGCACGAACCAGAUCAGGAGCAUGAAAAAGAUACGUCGCCUGUUGAGUAAUGUAAUUUGGUAAAAAACUGAAUAAUGCAACCAAAUCUUAUCGACCUCCAUCCAAAAGACCAAUUUCUUCAACAGGAUGCUUUUUAUUUCCGGCCUCGGGGCUUUUCACUCACAAAAAAAAAUUCAUUGGUCAAACUUACCAAUAAAAUAGUCCCUAGUCCAUGGAACCUGCUUAGUCCACCUUGCUUUUAUUAAAUAGAUUUUUCAUGAAAAUAGUAAAUUAACCAUGAAUAGUAGUGUUAAUAUUAAAUUAAUUGACUUUCUUUAAAUUAUAACAUAAUAUGUUCAUCGUUCCCCAUUUAAAACUGUGGAAGUGUUUGAAAACUUUCUACUAAAAUGACCAUACCUGUUAAACAUAGAGUAAUAGAGUAGGUUGUGUUUGUUGAAAGGUUUGCAACAGGAAGAAAGAAGAGUUUCCUACCCUAAAAGGAUAGCUGAGUCGAUUUAACUUCAAUAUCUCGAAAACUAUACGUGCUAGAGAUUUGGGACAUAAAAAGCAGAUUCUCGUUUUGCAUAUUAAUAAAAAUGUAAUUUAAAUUUCGUGAAAUUCUGUGGGGACAUAAUAGAGAAAUGCUUUUGGACGGUAAAUAAGACUAGUUUUCGAAAGCAAAUCCACAAUUUACUCCGGUGCAAUUUAUCUGUACAGUUCUCAAACUUAACCAACUUUCUCAAAAUUUGUCGAGCUGUAGCAUUCGUUACACCGUGUUUAUGCAAGUGAAUAGGGUUCAAUUUCUAGGAAAAAGAGCAAUUAAUGACAAAAAUUAGUUAACCAGAAGUCAAGAAAAAAAUUUAUAUAUGAAAACAGGAAAAACCAAAGUAACUUACACUUUAUUUUACUAAUCAAGUCCAAAAAGAAAUUAGUUUAAUUAUUCGAUAGAAGUCCUUCUUCGUAAAUUAUUAAAAAGUUUUACCUAAUUGUAAUACGAUUUAAUUAUUAAUCACUGAACUUUACCUUAAAGAAUAAACCUCUUUGUUGGAAUUUAAUUGUUAUAAAAAUACUAUAUUACUAUGUUAUUUUCAGCUUAUGUUUUUGAAAUAAAAAUAGCAAAAUAUAUCCAGUAUUAUUUAAAUAUAAAGAAAAAUAGGUGAAUUUCGAAUCCGAAAAAAUAAAACUGUAUUCUACAAAACUCCAUAAAAGCACUAAAGUCUGCAA